AUACUAUUGCUUGUUGUCAUCUCUUACUUCAGCUUGUGCUUGUGAUCCCAAACACCGAUUAUUCACAAAGUUAGAGUUUUGAAAGAAACUUGGCUUGAAAUGUGAACAACAUGCAUUUUGAGCAGAUUUUAUGCAUGGCAUGUGCAUGACGAUAUAUAUUUUCAGGUUUCAACAUGAUUCCUUUUACGUUUUGAAUCACCGACACAUUCACGUGCUAGGUGUCCAAUUUCAUUCUGCACGUGUUUGAUAGUUCGAGUACUGCUUAUGGAGCGUUCGGUGUAUGUGGUCUAUUGAUUUUAGGUUGACAUCUGCACUCUCACCCUGCUCGUCCAGCCCAGCCCAUCAUAACGACUCAGGCCUGGUGGACUUUGGAUUCGAAUCCUGGAGUGUCAAAUCUCUUCUAAAAUCUGUUGAAAGAAUUUCGCGAUUCAGUCCACAACAUGUAUUGUCAAUUGGCAAUCAGGGUGUAUUUACAGACUCAGAAAAGCACCAUCUUACGAGUGCCGGGGACUCUCAAGAGUCUACCAAGAAGCGACAGUGCAUCUCUCGUAUGAAAGAGGUGUCUCCUGAAGUCCUAGAAGCGCCUAAUCUUCUGCCUUUCUUUCUCUCCGUACAUUGCACAUACAGUAUUCGAGAUUCUUGUUGAAGAUGAAAUCUAGUCACAGCGAGGAAUGGAACAGGUACACUGGAAGGACGAAGCGCACUAAUAUGCCACUCAUUAGUGUAGGGAGAACUAGCGCAAAGUGCAGCAAGUAGUUCGAGGGUGGAACUGAGAUGAGUGAUUUGCCAAACUGGGGGCAGUAGGGCGUCAAAACCAGGCGAGAGAACUAAAAGCCAAGUGGAGUCAUUUGAGAGAGCUCUCGGCGAAGACGAGUCAAUGGCCAUCAGUGAUCAGUAUGCUGCAAGAAGGAGCACAUCUUCAUUUCCGAACGUCAAUCUAGUGGCGGCAAACUCAUUGUUAUCCUGGUCACCAACUCAUGAGACCAAUGAAACAAAGGGCUUAUUGAUGGGAGAGGCGAGUCAAGUCCUCCCUCCUCCUGCAGCUGGUCACGAUUGGUCGGUCAAGAAAAGUCAAUCCGCCUCGCCCUUCAAAUGCCGGACUCGAGGAUAAACUCAACCAACUCGCAGCGUUUUUCUCCUGUAGCACUGCAUUAAUAUGGACUGUCAUUCUGCUGCCAAUGUACUUUUCCACCAAUUUCCCUCCCUCCAUCAGCUGCUAACGGACGAUGGUAUGAAAUGAACCUCUGCACUCCAAAUCUCAGUGGUCCAACCACAGCC